AUGGAUCCACCUGGCCUGGAUGUCGAAGACUCUACUCCAGACCAAGAGACAUCGUUCUACUCUACACAGCCAAAAGAGAAAUGGAAAAUCGACGUCUUUCAGCUUUUGGGGGCUAUGGCUGCCGUUGGGGCCGGGACAGCACAGCCACUCAUGACCCUCAUACUCGGCGGACUCGCGAAUGAAUUCAACCAUCCUAGCGACAAAGCUAGGCUCAAGAAGAAGAUUGGUUCCGAGGUGUUGUUUUUCGUGUACAUCUUUGUUGGCCAGUGGUCUCUUACGUGCCUCUACGGAGUCCUUCUAUCUAUCUCAGCCAUGAGACAUUCCAGGAAGUUGAGAGCGGCAUAUUUAAGAUCCGCAAUAUGUCAAGAUAUGGGAAUGAUAAGUCAGGGGAAAGCGAUCGAUAAUAUGGCCACAAAUAUCAGUAUCAUCGAAGAUGCAUUGUCUGAAAAGCUCGGCAUUGUCAUGCAAGCUGGGUCAACUGUCGUUGUGGCUGUGAUUAUUGCAUUUGUGCAUAGCUGGCAGCUUUCCUUGGCUUUGCUGUCCACUAUUGUACUGCUUUUUAUUAGCAACUUUGGCACAGCUGCAAUAGAAACAAGAGCAGAGCGGAAAAUCCAGGAAGGUGAUGAAGAAGCAGCAAGCCUGGCCGAAGAGUGCUUGGGUGGCAUUCGUCUGGUCAUGUCUUGUGUUGCCGAGUCCAAGUUGAGUGCAAAGUAUGCCGCUCUGCUUGAGAAAAUGAGAACUAGGAGACUGCGCAAAAGUCCAAUUCUCGGCCUUCAAUUCUCCAUCAGUUAUUUCGCCUUACUCUGUUCGUAUGGACUUGCUUUCUGGUACGGAACAAAACUGCUGAAUGAGGGCAGGAUAGGUAGUGGUGGAGCGAUUGUCAUAGUCAUUAUGUCAAUCAACCAGGGGACGAACGGCAUGAGGAAAAUUCUGCCUUUUUAUGGCCUUCUCUCGAAAGCUAGAGCAGCUUCAAAUACACUUAGCAAGAUCAUCAACAGCAAGCCUGCCAUCGAUCCUCUUGAUCCUAAUGGUCUGAGUCUUGCAGAGCUAAAGGGCAGUAUUACUCUGCAGAACGUUGAAUUUGCCUAUUCUUCCAGGUCUUCAUCCAAGGUACUAGACAAUCUGAGUCUAUCAUUUGAGGCCGGCAAGACAGCGGCUUUGAUUGGAGCAAGCGGCUCAGGCAAAAGCACUAUUGUUGGCUUACUCGAACGGUGGUAUGAUCCGUCAAAUGGUACUGUUCUUAUUGAUGGAUACGACAUCAAGGAUUUGAACGUAAAGUCGUUGAGAAGUAAUAUUGGGGUUGUGCAGCAGGAUGUUGUUCUCUUCAAUGACACUAUAUUCUACAACGUCGCAUGUGGACUGUACGGGACAUCCCUCGAGGGCCUUUCAGAGAAUGAAAAACUAGAACUGGUAAUACGAAGCUGUAUUGAAGUUGAAGCGCACGCAUUCAUUCAAGGUUUACCAGAUGGAUACAACACCAGGGUGGGCGACAAAGGCAACCGACUAAGUGGUGGCCAGAAGCAGCGGAUAGGCAUAGCGCGUGCCAUAAUCUCAUCGCCGAGGAUCUUGAUUUUCGAUGAGGCAACGUCCGCGUUAGAUGCUGAAUCAGAGCGCACUGUGGAAGUAGCCAUAAAAAAAGCUUCCACAAACAGAACCACUAUCAUCAUUGCUCACAAGCUCUCUUUCGUCCAGCAAGCUGAUAAGAUAGUGCUUUUGAAGAAUGGGAAUAUUCUCGAAGAAGGCACACAUCAGUCUUUGAUUGCUCUAAAGGGCACAUAUUCACGUCUCUUGGAAGCUCAGGAGCUCGAUGGCCUGACUCUGAGAGAAGAAAGAACUCCUCUACAACCUGAGGUUCUCUCUGAAAAUACGAUUUCUGCCCGAAAUUUGGGAGCGGCGAGGUCCGAAAUGUGGUUGGAUACCGGCAAUCUUGAAACCAAAAUGGUCCCUCCUGUACAGAUGUCAUUAUUCCAGUGUCUAUAUUCACUCUUCAAGGAGAACCACACGCUGGGAUGGCUGUUCAUAGCACUUGUGCCCAUCUCUGUGAUAGCGGGAGCUAUAUACCCCACCCAAGCUAUCUUGUUCGGAAACACAGUCUCUGGCUUCGGCAUCAUGGAUGAUAUCCAGGCUCACGAGAAUUUCUGGUCUCUCAUGUGGCUUCUCGUCGCCGUGGGAACAUUUGUCGCAUUCUUGGCAAUGGGCAUUAUCUCUUCGACGAUGAGCUCCAUUGCUAAGUGCCAUUACCAGACGGCUUAUUUCGAUGCAAUGCUACGACAACCUCCCCAAUUCUUUGACCAAGGGAACUUCACGUCGGGGGCUCUAGUCGCUUCUCUCUCCUUGCGCACGAGCCAGAUACAAAGUCUCUUGAAUGUCCUGGGGUUUUCGCUCGUGGCGUUUGUGAGUAUUACAUCGUGCAGCAUUCUGGCCCUGGCCACUCAGUGGAGACUCGCCCUUGUAGGGUUAUCAGGUGGCAUGCCCAUCAUCAUGUUUGCAGGUUAUCUGCGACUUCGUUCAGGGGCUAGAAGAAGUAAGAGUCUGUCUGAGCCCUUGCUCGACAGUGCGCAAUACGCUUCUGAAGUUAUUGGAGCUGUGCGGACGGUCGCAGCAUUGACGAUGGAGGAAGUAGUAUGCCAUGAACUUGAUAGGAAGAUGAUCAAAGCUAUUCCGCAAUUUUAUAGACAUAUCUUCACAACAAUGCCUCUGUUUGCAUUCUCUGAGAGCGGGUACUUCUUAGGACUAGCGCUAAUUUUCUGGUACGGUGGUAAUCUUCUAACCGAUGGCAAAGUCACUUCGACUCAGCUUUGGACUAUCUACUUAGCAGUUCUAGCUGGGGGGCAGGGCGCGGGUGAAAUCUUUGCAAACUCAAACAGUAUAUUCCAAGCCAAACUGGCAAUUAAUACGAUUACUGAACUCAUGAGAUCGGCUGAGGAAAGAGACCAGGAAUCUUCGCAGUCAAAGAAACGCGAAGAAAAGGAGGAAGGGCCCCUCAACUCGAUCGAAUUCCGCGAUGUAUAUUUCAGCUAUCCAAAUGCACCCCAUCACCAAGUCCUUGAGAAUCUCAACAUUUCUGUGAGCUCAGGACAGAGCCUAGCCAUCGUGGGGACUUCCGGAUCAGGAAAAUCCACCAUCAUCUCCCUGCUAGAAAAGUUCUACAAAGCAAACAGCGGUUCAAUAAAGAUUGGUCCAUACGAAUUGGACACACUUGACACAGCGAGCUACCGCAAUACCGUAUCUCUGGUGUCGCAAGACACGGUUUUGUUUCAAGGCACGAUCCGUGAGAAUAUCCUGCUAGGGGCUUCAGAAGCGGAAACAGAUGACGAGCGGCUAGAACUCGCGGCCAAAGACGCCAACAUCCACGACUUCAUAGCUUCUCUUCCAGAAGGGUACAGCACGCAAUGCGGCAAUAAAGGCAUGUUGUUCAGCGGGGGCCAGAGACAGCGUAUAGCAAUCGCGCGUGCACUAGUCCGGCGCCCUACCAUUCUGCUCCUGGAUGAGGCCACGAGCGCGCUGGAUUCGUUGAGUGAGAGGGAAGUACUGGAAGCUCUGAAGAAGAUCAAGAGAGAGACCACGACGAUCACCGUGGCUCACAGGCUGGCUACGAUCAAAGAGGCGGACUUGAUCUUGGUGCUUGUGAGAGGAAGGAUUGUUGAACGAGGAACGCAUGCAAAGUUGCUGGAGAAGAAGGGGGCGUACUGGGCAAUGUGCAGGGCACAGGCUUUAGAUCGGGAGCUUUGA